UGGAGAGGCAUGCAUCUAAUGAACAAAAAAAUAUCUAUGGACAACAGUGGGUCCAGUAUAAAGGGUAUCUAAAUUGUAAAAUAGUGAGCCCGAAAAAAAAUUGCAACCCACUAAAAAGGACAAAUAAAAUAAUAAAUCAAAACCCCAAUAAAGAAGAAAGAAAAGAAGACGUAAAUAGUAACUGUUAUCUCCCACCAACAAUUCUGAUAACUCCACUCUUGAGAUUGAGAAUCGACUUCUUAUUUAUAUUCUCCGUUCUCUGCUGGGCUGGGCUCUGCCAUAAACCUCACUUUCUCUCUCUACAAUGCAAGGGAAAGCGAGGAAUGCCCUUCUCUUCUUUUCCUUCACCGCCAUUUUCGUUGCUCUCUCCUCUGCUUUCACAGACCCAACACAGUACCAGACCCUGCUCGUCAGCACUCUCUCAAACCCUCCAACUCUUUCAUGGCCCGAGGCCGAGUUAACCGGUUCCGAUCCAGACCCAGAGUCCGAGUCCGAAACCACCCUUCAGUUGCACCACAUCGACGCCUUGACCACUGACCAGACCCCGGAGCAGCUCUUCCACCUCAGGCUCCACCGCGACGCUACCCGAGUCAAGUCUCUGGCCUCGCUAGUCGCAGCGAAGAACGGAACUCGAGCAGGGUAUGGAUCCGGAUCCGGGUUCAGCAGCUCCAUCAUCUCGGGGCUCGCGCAAGGGAGCGGCGAGUAUUUCACGAGGCUCGGAGUAGGCACGCCUCCCAGGUACCUGUACAUGGUCCUGGAUACCGGGAGCGACGUCGUUUGGCUCCAGUGUUCCCCGUGCAGGAAAUGCUACACCCAGGCCGACCCGAUAUUCGACCCGCGCAAAUCCACGUCCUAUGGUCGGAUCGCAUGCGGGUCCCCGCUCUGCCGCAAGCUAGACUCCCCAGGUUGCAAUCAACGGAAGUCCUGCCUCUACCAGGUAUCAUACGGCGACGGCUCUUUCACCACGGGAGAGUUCUCCACUGAAACGAUGACGUUCAGGCGCACGAGCGUGGCGCGUGUAGCACUGGGCUGUGGCCACGAUGACGAGGGUUUGUUCGUGGGUGCGGCUGGACUUUUGGGCCUGGGCCGGGGGAGGUUGUCGUUCCCCUCCCAGACAGGUUACCGGUUCAACCGGAAAUUCUCUUACUGCUUGGUGGACCGGUCCGCUUCGUCCAAACAGUCUUCAUCCAUCGUCUUCGGUGACUCGGCCGUUUCCCGGACCGCCCGGUUCACCCCGUUGCUAGCGAACCCAAAGCUAGACACGUUCUACUAUCUUGAGCUACUCGGCAUCAGCGUGGGUGGGACACGUGUCCGCGGCAUCUCCGCCUCGCUCUUCCAGCUCGACGGAGCCGGCAACGGAGGUGUCAUAAUAGAUUCAGGCACGUCCGUUACUCGAUUGACCCGACCCGCAUACGUGGCUCUCCGGGAGGCUUUCCGAGCCGGGGCGGCGAACUUGAAGAGCGCGCCCGAGUUCUCGCUCUUCGACACUUGCUUCGAUUUGUCGGGGAAAUCGGAGGUGAAGGUUCCGACGGUGGUGCUUCAUUUCCGGGGAGCUGACGUGUCAUUGCCGGCGUCGAACUACCUGAUUCCGGUUGACAGUAGCGGGACGUUCUGUUUCGCUUUCGCGGGGACAAUGGGCGGGCUGUCCAUCAUCGGAAAUAUCCAGCAGCAAGGGUUUCGGGUUGUGUAUGACUUAGCGGGUUCUCGGAUCGGGUUCUCUCCUCGCGGGUGCGCUUGAUUUUGGUAGUGAGGAAGAGGAAAAGCUCUUUCCCUCCUUUUUCUUUAUUUAUUUAUUUUACUUUUUAAUUUAAAAAAAAAAAAAAGAGAGUAAAAAUCUUUCUUUUGAUUGCAACGCGGAAAAGAGGAAGGUAAGGUCAAAAAGAGAAGUAAAAAAAAAAAGUAGGGAAUUUGAGUUUACAAGAAAGGUCACGUGUUGUUUGUUGUUGUAAUAUGUAACGAGUCUUUCAAGAAUUACUAGUACAACUGUAGUACAUGGGUAAUUUGGUCAUUAUAAGUUUUAGUUUUCGAGAAUUAGAAAUUCUACUAGUGAUGUAUAAUUCAAGUCAUUAUCAAUCUAUUGAAAAAAAAUACCAAAUCCAAACAUAA